CAUCAGUUCUUAGUUUGCCCUUCGCUCUCGAGGGCAUGGGUACCCGCGAUGAGCAAUCAACGGACAAUAACCGAUUUGCCACUCGAAGUCCUCGAUCUAAUAUUUAUGAACUUAAGAAAUCUAAGGGACAAACUUCGACUGGCGCAAGUGCAUAAGCAUCUGGGCAAAGGGUUUGCCUACCACAGCCGCAAUGAUUACAAGAGGUUCUGCCCGAAAAUAUAUUUUCCGGUGCGGCUAUAUCGCGUUCUAUUGGCCGAAUGUGGCUCGUCCAUUGAGGAGUUCAUCUGUGGAUCAGACACCUGGAGCGAUCUGUUGGCCAAGUCAAUUGCGAAGCACUGCCCCAAUCUGGAAUCGGUGAACAUUAGUGUUUCAUUAAGGAACAGUAUCAGUGUGCAAACCUUUUUGCUUAACAUGGCAAACUCGCUCAUUUCGGUUGAAAUAAAACUCAACGACAAUUGCCAAUCGCCAAGGAUCCUUAAUGCCGUGGCAGAACUUAAAAACUUGCGGAAAUUGUUAUAUGAAGGGUACAUGGACAGAGGAGUUAACCAGCUGCACAAGUUAGUUGCUCUGGAGGAGCUAAGACUGGACUAUCAGGGAAGUGGAUACAGAUGUCGAUCGGUUAACCUGCUCCAGAUAUGUGGCCCCAUGACGAAUCUUCGCUGCCUGACUGUGACCAAUAUAUGUAUAUCAGCAGGAGAAGGAUUUCACUCCAUGAUAUGGCCGAACUUGAAAGAGUUAAAAAUGCAGAAUUGCGAAAUCUCCUCAGUGAUUCCCGACUGUCCGAAGCUCAAAACCGUGUUUUUGAAAUUCUGCAAGUGUAGAAUCAGAGGCUAUGUCUGCAGUUUCAUUCUGAAGAACGGCAAGAACAUCGAGGAAAUUGAUGAGAGCUGUGAGCCAGCGCCAUUUGAUGGGCACACGUUUCUUGAAGUGAUCCGAAAUUGCCGAAAAUUGCAAUUAUUUUCCACUCCCAUGGGUGGUAUAAAAAUCUACCAAGCACUCGUUUCUUCAUUAGUGGAUAUUUUGAAGGAAAACGAAACGGCGCGAAGAGAACCUUUCGAACUAAUAUUGUACUGCCGAGACAAGCUAAGAUGGAUUCGCCGAUUUCUGCAACGGACUUCUAAUCCUCAAGUGAUCCACACGCUAUAUCUAUACAAGUUCUAAUAAUUUAAAAACUCUGCCCAUUACAAAUUUUAUUAAUAGUUUUUCAUUAAUCUAAUACUUGUUUUAGCUUUGUGUUCCACCUUUUUAACUUUAAGAAAGGUUAUAAAUUUUAUGA